GCCCCCCCCCCCCCGGUUCCUACCAAAUCCCUCGCCGUUCCUCUCCCCGAUCGAUCUUGAUCGGUUUCUUCGAUUUUUAUGGAUCUCCACCGUCGCUUCCGUGGAAGCGCGUGAAAAAAAUUUGAGCUUGAUUUCAAGUUCCUCCUGCCGUUCAUCGUUCUUGUUUUCUCUUUAUUCAACCGAAGACUGAAUUCCCUCUUUUCUUGCUUCUUAAUCCAUCUCGUAACCUAUUUCUAUUAGGCUUUCCCUUGAGUUCUCCAAAAUUCCAGCUUUGGGUGAUUUGGGAAAUUUUCUGGUGUUGAUUCGUAGUCCUGCAAUCGUCGUUCGGCUUAGAUUAAUUGUUGCCUGUCUGCUCGUUGAUUCUUGUUGUCGGAUCGGAUUCCUUUUUGGAAUGGCUCGAGAAAGUUGCAAUCUUGACCAGGAUGAAGCAGAGAUCUUCAAGCCCUCGUCAUCUUCUUCCCGUUCUGCUACGCCACCCUCCUCGCCAUCAUCAUCACCCCAGCCGCCACCUUCCUCCGCGCUUCCGAAAUCAUGCGAUGAAUCCACCAUUCACAGGCCGGAAUCUCCGGCCCCAGCGAUGACUGUCGCGGCUUCUUCCACGACAAAGCUCGACGAGGAGUCGUCAAAGCCCGGGGAGGAAUCCCCGACUCCUGUUAGAUUCAGUAACAGGUGCUCCACUUGCCGGAAAAAGGUGGGUCUCACCGGAUUCCGAUGCCGCUGCGGCGACCUCUUCUGCGGUCGCCACCGUUACUCCGAUGCCCACGAGUGUUCCUUCGAUUACAAGGCCUUAGGGAGGGAGGAGAUCGCCAGGGCCAACCCUGUGAUCAAAGCUGCCAAGAUCAUCAAGAUCUGAGCAACAUCAACAUAAACAGGUGAAGCAUAGAUUGUGUCUGUGUCAGUUCUUCUACUGGUUGGAAUCAGAAGUUUUCUCCAGAUGUUCAAUGGUAUGGAAUCUGAAUUAGGUGUUGAUUCAUUUCUUUUGUCACUGAGGUAAACUUGCAGUGUUAAGCUUUUCGUUAUCGACGAACAGAGAAAAAGAGUAGCCUUAGUUGGUAAAGAUGAACAUUCAUCUUGCAAUAAAUUCCUUCUCUAUAAUAUGCGGCUUCAGAUUAUCUGUAUGUUAUGAAAUAAUGCAGCAUGUCUGAAGCCAAUUCUCUAUAAUGUAGAUCAUCUCGAGUACUAACUAAAAGAAUUCAGUUAAAGUCAUGAUCUGAAAACGAUUAAUAUUGUAGUGGAUAUCAAGGAAAGCACGUGGAACACGAGUCUUAUUUUUCUUUUGGUGUUCGUGGCUAUCGCCGCUUUCCUUUGGUUGUUGUCAUUAGACCUAACUUUGUAUGAUUAGCUUUCAGAAAGAACCAAUCAGAUAGGUGGUUCGUCUUCCAUGUGCCAUUCUUAUAUUGUCGAUACUUAUCAAGUAAGUGGUUGACGAAUUUUUCUCUUGUCAUCUUUCUCUUUUAGUAAAACAAUAUAACACUCUGUCGACAUUUCACGCAUGAAAAUUCUCCUUCAGAAUAGUUCACCAAAUUGGGUUCUACAUGUGCUGUAGUUUCUACAUGAGUUAUACGAAGUAUAGGAAGCUUUCUUUGAUACAUUGCUUACGAAGGGUCGAUGAACGUCAUCUUAUUCUUGCAAGUAGGCAGGUCUUGUAUCUAAUACUCGAACCCUGGUCAUCGAGUCGUAAACAAGCAACUUUACCAUGACACCAAAGCUUGUCCUUUAAGAUCAAACAUCUCCGCAGCUUCGGAAUAGCAAAUCUCUGGAUGAUCAUAUGGCCAUGUUCAAUUUCUUCUGUAGAUGCUUUGUCAUUGUCAAGCUAAUAGGUGAUGCACUGACUCGAAAUACUGCUAUGACUUUUCCUGCCUCCUCUUUCAUGGAGCAUGAGCAGACUCCUUAACUUUAAAGACAUGGCCAAUCUGAUUCAUUUAUGUGCAAUGUAGGGUUAGGUAGCCAUUACAGCUUGUGGAAAGCCGACCUGGAAAUGACAUGCAAGUGGGCUCAAGCUUUCCGAUGCCACAAACACUAGCUUUUCUGAAAGCAUGCUUCUGCAAAGGGUGCCUCAAGACAUUGUUGCACUUGCAGCGUUUUGCCCCCUUGUCAACAACACAGUCCAAUUCGGAGGCUUCUCAUUUAAGCAGAUUGUUCAGUGCCACAGGGACCAGAUGGGCUUGAGUUUAAAUGUCUAUGGAUGGACUAAGUAAAUGAAUUUGGUACAACUUUCAUCUUCUAUCAACCCACUCUGGUGCCUUUUGGAGUGGCCACUAUUGCCUGCCUCCAGUAUGCCUAUCUACAUAUUAGUGUAUUCUAUAAGAACCCUACAUAAAAGUGGUGGUGAUUUAGAAGUCUUA